GCCAACGUAGUUUAGUUUUGCGGCCGAUGCCUAUCGUGUGCACGCGUACGUUAAGCGCACGAGAACACACGCUUGUUCUUGAUUAAAAAAAAAAAGUUUAGUUCUUUAUUUAAAAUUGGAUUUUAUUUUUAUACUUCAAAAUGACGACGGUGGAGCCCAAUAGGAACGGAACAGCCCAAACUGUAUUGGCUAAAGCACCGUGGACGGACGAACGCGGCAUCGGCAUGAAGGUAUACAACUUCGUGAGCGUCGCGCUGGAGAUAGCCGUGCUGUACGUGAAGAUGACGGCCAUGUGGAUAUACUGCAUCUACGAGUUCUUCGUGCCGCCGGAGCCGAAGAGCGUCAAAGGAGAAGUUAUACUUAUUACGGGGUCAGGUCACGGCAUGGGCCGGGAAACUGCGCUGCGGUUCGCGCGGCUCGGCGGCGUCGUGGUGUGCGUGGACAUCAACCCGAAAGGCAACUUGGAGACCGUCGACCUCAUCAAGGAAGAGAAGGGAAAGGCCCACCACUAUGUAUGUGACGUGACUAGCCGUGCUGCGGUGAACGAUCUGGCGGAAAAGGUGCGACGUGAAGUUGGCGAGGUGACGAUGCUUGUGAACAACGCGGGCAUCAUGCCCUGCAAGCCACUGCUGCAGCACACCGAACAAGAAGUGCGAGCGGAGUUCGAGGUCAACAUACUAGCGCAUCACUGGUUAGUGCAAGCGUUUCUGCCGAAUAUGAUGGAGCGCAACCACGGCCACAUCGUGGGCAUGUCGUCGAUGGCGGGCGUGGUGGGGCUGCGCAACCUGGUGCCCUACUGCGCCACCAAGUUCGCCGUGCGCGGCUUCAUGGAGGCACUGCAUGAGGAACUGAGAGAAGACCCCAGAGACUACAGCGGGAUCAAGAUGACGGUGAUAUGCCCGUACAUAAUCGAUACGGGGCUUUGCAAGCGGCCGCGCGUGAAGUACCCGGGACUUAUGAAGAUCCUGUCACCGGGCGAGGCCGCCGACAAGAUAGUGGACGCCGUGCGACGAAACUACCACGAGAUCACCAUUCCCAGCUCCCUAUACUACAUCAACCAGAUGUGCAGAACUAUGCCGCGAAGAGUUCCCCUGUACCUAAAAGACUUCCUGGACUCUGGACUGGAAGCUGACUCGUAAACUGUACCCACCUACCGCCAACAACGCAAUAGUCCAAAUAUAGAUUUUUACGCCAAUUUUACCUAUCAACUUCUGUAGUAGUCACUAUUAUAUUUAAUACUACAGAAGUUGAACUAUGGGUUUUGUUAAAUUUUGAUACUACGGUAUUGUUAAAUUUUGAUAUUCUUAACACCAAAACGGAAUAUCUAUAGAGGUAGUUUUAAAUGGCCAAUUAGCUCAAUUUGCCGCCACAAUGCCUCCACAGCCAA